AUGGAUCACCAUUCAGUCAUCACCGCCGCAUCCACGGCAUUCAGGUGGCCGUUAAGUCACCGGAAGGUCUAUCUCCGUCGGCGUAAGCCACAAGUCGUACGUCUCGGCGGAAAAAACAGUACGCCACGUGGCAGAUUCUCGCUAAAGAGGAUGGUGAGAAGGAUGAGGCUCAAGUGGCUGAGACUGUACUACGUGAGGCUCGUGAAGAUGAUCAAAGGGUAUUAUCGUAAUUUAGUGAAGGAGUUUGCUGACGCCGGAGCUGCCACAUUCCAGCAGCGGAUGACGGUGGAAACGGCGGCUUUCGCCGCUCCUGGCUUAGGCUUAUCUUUCUAUACCAUGUCCUCACACGACCGACCUCGUUUUUUUCUUGUGUAG